AUGAAGGUCAAGAUACUAGACUGGCACGCUGUCACUUUUUGGCACUGGGACUUUGCUACACAUGGAUAUUCUGACGAUCUCUGUGGAAUUUGCAGAGCAGCAUUCGACGGCACUUGUCCCAACUGUAAAUAUCCUGGAGACGAUUGUCCCAUAGUGCUUGGAGACGAAUGUACACACAAUUUCCACUUGCAUUGUAUCCUCAAAUGGCUCGAGCAGGAUAAUCUGAAGGGUUUGUGUCCCAUGUGUCGACAGAUCUUUCUGGCCAAGGAAGACGUUGACGAUUUACAGCCUCGAGAUCCACGCUACGCCGACUUGAAAAGGCUCAUAGAGCGACACAGAGCCACGAGGGAGCGGCUAGCGAACACCAGUGAACAGGAAUACGAGGUUUUGGAGGAGAUGGAAACGUCGUGA